CUUCCUUGUAAGAGAGAUUCUCUUGGCUAUUAAGGGGAUUGCGCUUUACGCAUCCACAAAUCCGCGCACAUUCGAAAUCAGCCUUCGAAAUUUCAAAUGUAUGCAUAUAUGUACAUUCGACGUUUGUUUAUAACGGCUGGUAGCGGCUGUUUGAAGUUGUAAGAUUCGUAACCGAUAUUUGUAUCAAAAUGUGUAAAGGUGGAAGACCAAAAAGUAAAUUAUGGGAUGAAACAAAUAGGCAAGAUGGAUGUUUAUAACCUAGCGGAUACCGCACGCCCUACGUCUGUCUUGUCCGCCAUAUUUGAUACGUUUCUCCUGUUUUUCUACGUUUACUACGGUAAACUACUUGAUUUACGUAAUGUACGCGAAAAACCUCGAAAACCGCGGAAUUAGCCAAUCCAAGUCGAAAGCAGGGUUGGGCAGUGACGCGUAAUUCGCAGUGUUUUACGUAAAAUACGUAAGGGAAGUAUUUUACGUAAAAUCCAAGUAAAAUAGCCAAUAAAUUCCAGGACAAAGAUGGCGGUACUGUAACCUCACUUUUUCAAAACGGUCAAAGUAUACGCCACUUGUAAAUAAACAUUUUAGCCAAAAAAAGAAAGGAAUAAAUAGUAAUGGCAAAUUGGAGCGAACAUUAAAAAUAUCUGGGCUUCACAUUCCAUGGAUAAUUUUGAAUUUUAAGCGUAUCGGGAAUAAAAACCGCAAAAACGUAAAGUCCCCUAUUCGUGUAAUUUACCUAACGUAUGAAAUUCGUAAAGCAAAAUACCUAGUAAAUGACUGUAAAAAAACUAGGUAAAUUACCUAGGGUAUUUGACUUACCCAGCCCUGGUCGAAAGGGGCGGUAGUUGGGCGCCCUCGCCACAGAUGGCAGCAGGCGGCGCGCGAUUCGAAUUUGGCGGCGCGCGGCGUUCGAUCACAGCGGCAGAGUCGAGGGUGGCGCCGCGGCGCGGAGAGCUCGCAGUCGCUCCCGGCGCUCCAUGCGCGUAGAGCCUUCGACUUCGCGAGGGUCCACACACGAGCCUGUUGCCAGUUAUUGAUCUGACACGAUUAAACAACACCGCAUUGCUGUCAGCUACGAAAACACUCGGCACGCAGCUCCCGCUCGGCCGUAAGACAGGCGGAGAGAGUUGGCGCGUUCGUCCUCGGCGGCUCGGCGGCACAAAUGAUCCCGAUCCCGGACGCGGCUGGCGGCUCGCGGUGACGUCACCGUGCCUCCUCCAAAAUGUAGGACUCGCUCGGCUGCAGGGAAGUCGAGAGCCCAGCGAGGACCCGGCCGGGGCGAGACGACGUCGCCCCGCGGGGGAGAGCCGGGACCGACGGCAACGCCGCGCACCAUCGUCGAGACCCGUCGAGACUGGCCGAGACCCGCCGAGACCUGCCGAGACUUGCCGAGACCCGCCGAGACUUGCCGAGACCCGCCGAGACCCGUCGCGACCCGUCGCGACCCGCCGAGAUCCGCCGCCGACCCCGAGGAGGCAACACCGCGAGGCGGCCGACGCUCCUCGUCGCGGGUCAUCCCGGCCGACGCGAUGAAGAAGUUCACCUUCAAGGGCGUCCUCGACGGCUUCCGCUCCUCGGUCGCUCAACAGGUUAAGCCCGAGCAGGAGAUCGUCGAGAACCUCAGGCCGGACCACUUUCAGGCGAAAAAGACAUUCAGGCAUGGAUUUCCACAUCAGCCUACAGCUAUGGCGUUCGACCCGGUUCAAAGGCUCCUGGCCAUCGGCACCAGAUCCGGAUCCCUCAGGAUUUUGGGGACACCGGGGGUGGAUGCCCACGUGAGACACGAAGGUGGCUCGGCUGUGAUCCAGUUGCAGUUCCUAAUUAACGAAGGUGCCCUGGUCUCCGCAACCGCGGACGACACUUUACACCUGUGGAACUUUCGCCAGAAGAUACCGCAAAUUGUCCAGAGCCUCAAGUUCCAGCGAGAAAGGAUAACGUGUAUGCACCUACCCCUACAAAGCAAAUGGCUCUACGUCGGCACCGAGCGGGGCAACAUCCACGUAUUGCACAUCGAAACGUUCGUUUUGUCGGGCUACGUGAUCAACUGGAACAAGGCCAUCGAAGUAUCGAGGAAAACUCAUCCCGGUGCCGUGGUGCAUUUGAGCGAUAAUCCUUUAGACUUAAGCAAGAUGCUGAUCGGGUACGAGACCGGGCAAAUCGUUUUCUGGGACUUAAAGACCAAACAGGCGGAUUACAGGUGUCAGUCCGACGAACCACUCAGAUCAAUAUCUUGGCAUCACGACGGGAAACAGUUUAUGUGCAGUCAUACAGAUGGAUCCCUUUCCACGUGGACUCUGAGGAACACGAAGCCGAUAAACGUUACACAUCCCCAUGCAAAGUCAACAAAAGACGGGGAGCCAGAGCCUUGUAAAUCCAUUCAGAAAGUAGAGUGGAAGCUUUGCAGAUCGUCCGGAGAGGCGUAUAUAAUAUUUUCCGGUGGACUGGGUCAUUACAACCCUUUGAGGACGUCCAGCAUCACGGUUAUACAGGGAAAGACGACGACGGUGCUCGAGAUGGAGCAGAACGUGGUGGACUUUAUAACUCUGUGCGAGAGUCCCUGGAGCAGCGACUUCCAAGAUCCUUACGCAGUAGUAGUGUUGCUGCAAAACGACCUCGUAGUCAUAGAUUUACUGACACCUGGAUUUCCUUGCUUUGAAAACCCAUAUCCCAUGGACAUUCACGAAUCUGCUGUAACUUGCUGUGCAUAUUUCGCCGAUUGCCCGUCGGACUUGGUGCCGGCCUUCUAUUCGGUUGGUUCUAAAUCGCAGAAGAAAACCGGAUUCAGUGAAAAGGAAUGGCCAGUCUCUGGCGGAGAAUGGAGCCCCAAUUCUAGUAGUUACAAUGAGAUUAUACUUACUGGACACUCCGACGGUAGCAUAAAGUUCUGGGACGCAUCGGCUGGCACGCUGCAAGUCCUCUAUAAGCUAAAGACAGCAAAGCUGUUCGAAAAGACGAAAGCUCGCAGUUUAGAGACUGACGACGACCCGCUUGCGAUACAGCUUAUUUUCCUAUGUCCCGAGAGUCGCAAGCUCGCGAUAGCAGGCUCGGGAAAGCACGUCGUCUUGUUUAAGUUCAAGAAGGUCGAAGGGAUGUCGGAGGUGGUGACCCUCGAGGUGCCCUUCGUCUCCGACUUUACGAGGGAACAAGAAAGCUCGCCGGAUUACGAGCACCCCCCUAGUGGAAACGCCUCUGGCGAGGAGUCCAAGCACUCGGUAGAGUACAAUCAUCCCUUAAAAGUGAAAAGCGGUUUGCAAAAAAGGGCAGCGGGUUUCCAAGCUACCUUGAUCUGUCUAACGUUCGGGGCCAAUGGAGAACAACCUGAGAACAUAACCGCGCUCAGUUUAAAUUCUUCCUACGGCCUCAUGGCGUACGGGAGCGACUUAGGUAUCGUAAUAGUUGACAUUGUACAGAAGGUAUCGCUGCUGGUCCUGAGCACGGCGGACCUGGGGAAUAGCGGGGAUCCUCAUCAGCGGGCCCUGAGGAGUCCCAAGAGGCAGGACGAGACCAGGAAGGAAAAUGACGAUAAGGCAAGGAGUCCAAGCGUAGACCAGAUCCGUCAGACCCAGCAAGAAACGGCGUCAGAAACCGAGCACGUAGUCGCGGUAGAGGAGCCGGACGCGUCCCUUCAUCGUCCUCGGCAGCAACAACAAGAGCCCCAGCAGGAGACGCCCUACGGAACCGACGCCGAGAGGAGAGAAAACGCGGAAGACCCCGCAGGAGAUAUCCCCAAGGCGGGAAGUACCACCAGCGACGAGGAGGGCCGUAAAAACUACAGCUGGAAGGGGUUCAGCCUGAAACGACAGCUCAGCAAAGUCGAUCUCAAGAUCAAGCACACCUUCGCCUCGUCCUCCUCCCAAAAUGGGCAGGGAGGCGGCAACCCAGGUGCGUCCAUCCAGAAAGGGACGUCGGUGUUUUACUGCAACCCCGAGAUAUCCUCGCCCCUGUCCCCAGUCGAAAGCGUGGGCUCGGAGUCCUCUCCGUCGCCCGAGCAGCAUUCGCCAUCCGGGGAGACGACCCAACCAAGCCAGGAAGUCAGCUCCACCCCCUCGGAGGGGCAGACAGCCCAAGUCGAAGAGGACAAGGUGAAGCCGACUUCUAGCAAAAACUCGGCGACCAAGUCCGAGGCCGUCCGACCGGCGAAUCUCGCGCUCUUUCCUAGCGAGGCCAGCAAACCCAGCAAAUUGAAGCUGAUGAGGGGGAACAAGCCCAAGCGAGAAGGACGGCUGCUCUCGGUGCCUAAUAUUAAGUACCAGAAGGCCGAGGGGGCCACGCGCGACCUCAGGUGCGAGGAGGAGGCCUCGUCUUCUUCCGGUGUCGAGUCCUUUGCCGGAAAUCUUAUGAGAAGAUUCAUUAACCUUACGCUCUUUUUUGGGAAUGCUGGUCGGAUAGACAAGCCCGAUACCUCGUUCCAACGCUCUCGGAGCUCGAGUAUGUCCUCUUUGGAGAACAUCGCCUCAGAAACCAUCAGCUGCCUUACUUUUGCCGAUUCCUACACGAAGAAAAGUGAUUCCAGUGCUUUACCGACUUUAUGGAUUGGUACUUCCUUGGGAUCUGUACAAACGAUCGUUUUUAACGCGCCAACCUACAGUGAGCGACACACGCAACCCUUGACGAUUUCUACAUGUAAUGGCUCAUCCUUCAAGCUCAAAGGCUCCAUUCUAACAAUGUCCUUCCUGGAUUGCAAUGGGGCUCUGAUACCAUACUCUUACGAGCCCUGGAAAGACGAGAACCUAGACGGCAAGGAUCGCAACAAAAGCCAGGGAAAGGCGAACAGCAGGACGUCGUUAUUAUCCAGCUCGCAAACGUCUGGAUCAACUGGGUCGGAUGGAUUUGAGGACCGACAAUUUGUCGUAUUGACAUCGGAGAAACAAGCGCGGGUUGUGGCCCUUCCUUCGCAAAAUUGCGUCUACAGACAGCAACUGACAGACACGGAUAUAGUUAUCAAAGCUGAAAUCACAUCUCUGAAAGACAGUGUCUGCCUCGUGUGCUAUGUUUCAAGUGGUCAUAUAGCAACAUACAGUCUACCAAGUCUCAGACCGCUGAUAGAUGUCGAUUUUUUACCCUUACUGGAUUUGAGUUUUCAGACUACAAAACACGGCAUUGUAGACCCUAUAUUGUCCAUAUGGGGUCAUCAACUCUUUGUUAAUGGCGAUACCGAUCAGAUUGCGAGGACUCUUUGCUUCAGUAAUAAGGGUCAUGGGUUGUACCUUGCUUCACCCACGGAGAUUCAGAAGUUUACAGUGUCCAGCGAAUUCUGUUCCGAGCUGACAGAGAUGAUGGGAGAUAUUUUUAUCGCCCAUGACAUGCCAGAACCACCGAAGGAAAACUUCUUUAAAGGGCUAUUCGGUGGUGGAUCCAAAAGUAUAGAUCGCGAGGAGUUGUUCGGCGAGUCCAGCGGACGAGCAUCCCGAACCAUAGCGAAACAUAUACCAGGUCCGAACACCGAGAACAUCCGAGAACGCGUAACAAGCGCGACAGGUGAAAUCAGUAUGGCUCAUCAAAUGGUCCUGGAACGUGGUGAUAAACUGUCUCAGCUAGAGGAACGAACGGCACGCAUGAUGUCCGAAGCCGACAACUUUUCGCAGUCAGCCCACGGGCUUAUGCUCAAGUAUAAAGAUAAGAAAUGGUACCAGCUAUGAGGUACCAAUAAGAAGAAUCCUUACGAGAAGAAACGGUAGAGAGAGAUAAAUAUAAUGUAAUUUAGUAUUCACACCUCACCUGUGAGUUCUAUCGUAACUGUAGCACAUAUACCGACAUACACGAGCGGCAUGCGCGAGCGGCGAGCGCAUGCGCGACACAAAAGUAACACGCACACGACGUACUGGUCAAGAAAGUUGUUAUUAAGUAUGCGCACAUAACUUUAUGAAGAAGAAGAAGAAGAAAACAAACUGUAAUUAUAGUACAUACAUGAACUAGCGUGUGCACGCGUUUGCAUACGUUCAUAAUUGAGAACCACGUUCAUACAUAAUGCCUACUCUCCCACCUAACCUACGUACCUAUCUACUACCAACCAACCCGUAGACCUAACCUAACCUAACUAUCUACCAAUCUACCCUAUUCGCAUACAUAUUAUGCAGAAUUAAAGAAAUGGGGGGAGUGCGUAUGUAAGAUCUACGAAUCAGAUGUAAAAGUCAAUACAAGAACUUGUUUGAUAAUUCGCCUUUUAUUCAAUGACGCUCGUUAAUUCAUUCGGACGUCCCUGGGGAUGGCCAUUGGGUUCGUACCCCGAACAUUUGGGCUCUCUGUGAGACGAAGCAGUUGUCGGGCAUUUGGAAAAGGAAAUAAAGAACGACAAAAGAUCACUCCAUAUAUUUGCAAGCGCUAAUAAUUUGGCUCGCGUUAUUAAGAUUGGAAAAGACACAGAGACGCUACUCCGAAUGUAUUGACAAUAACUAUACUCGUAGUUUAUGUAAAAGAGAUGAGAACUGUGACCUAAACGUGAUAAUUGCGUUAACAGCACCGGUGGCUGAAAGGGACAAAACAUCUUGUUAGCAGGGCAUGCUAAGAGAGAGUUAUAGUUACUAAAAAAAAAAAACUGUAGUUAUCGCUAGAAAUGUUAUGUAUAUAAUGAUAUCGAUAUAGUAGAAGCAAACUGUGUGUUACAAAACGUUUACUUGAAAUGUGUCAUACGUUAAGCUACUCCGGUGUCGUGGCGUAUUCAACCAAGACGGUGCCACGUAACGGGAGAUGCGAAUAGUGUAAUUUUAUCUAUACGCAUAUAAUGGAUUACAUAACGACAAUAUAUAAUAAAUUUAAUUGAAUUUAUCGAAGCUCCGAAUCAUCGUACUGCUUCCAUAGCAAUAACUGUAUAGUCGAUGUUAACGAUAUAGUUGUCAUCCGCGCGGAGAAUAAUAUACGUUGUGCAAAGAACUUUAAUUAGUAUAAAUUCUGAAGAGCAUUUAAUUCUACGAGUAUAAAUUUUCUUGGACAAUAUAUUCAAUGAAUAUAAUUCCUUUUAAUUGUAUUAUAAAAUUGUUGCAAUGUAUAUUAAAGGUAUGACACAACCUGCAAAGUAUCGGAACUAAGUCUAGUUUAACGAUACGACGUAUUCUAUUUCAUAUGUUCGUUUUACCUUUUGUUUAAUUUUAUGUUUUAUAAGGUAGCUGUGUAACAUUGUCGUUAAUAUAGCGUUAUUAUACUUUAAGUUGUAUCAUACCAAAAGUUAUCCCAUUUUCUAAUAAAAAUGACUUACAAUGAUUGCACUUAAAGGUAGAUGGGUUGAAAACUAAAUAAAACUAUCAUAUUAACCAAGUAAAUUUAUACUUAAACUUUACUCGUAAUAUUGUGUCUUUUAUUUGUCCGUCGUAGUUAAAAAAAGGAUAAAAUUAGAUUCUCGCAGGGAUUGUAAACAGACCUGACUGUACACAUAUUACGGAUGGACAAACCCAGUAUUAUAAAUAAAUUUUAUCUUUAGCGAC